GUUUUAUUUCUACAGAAACUAAAAUGGGGAAACAGAAGAAGCAGAAAUAUGCUGCAAUGAAAAGGAUGAUAAGUUUGAAGGAUCAAAGAAUAAAGGAGAAAGAUCGACAAAAAACAGAGAAAAAGAAAAAAGAAGAUCCGGCGGCCAUCAAAGAACAAGAAGUGCCAAAAUAUCCAUCGUGUAUGUUCUUCCAGUACAACACUCAGCUCGGUCCUCCCUAUCACAUUCUCGUGGACACAAACUUCAUCAACUUCUCCAUAAAGGCCAAACUUGAUGUAGUUCAGUCAAUGAUGGACUGCCUCUAUGCUAAAUGUGUUCCUUGCAUCACAGACUGUGUCAUGGCUGAGCUUGAGAAACUUGGGAUGAAAUACAGAGUUGCUUUGAGAAUAGCCAAGGACCCUCGUUUUGAACGCUUGCCAUGCUCACAUAAGGGAACAUAUGCUGAUGACUGCUUAGUCCAAAGGGUAACUCAGCACAAGUGUUACAUCGUGGCCACAGUGGACAGAGACCUGAAAAGGAGAAUUCGGAAAAUCCCAGGAGUCCCAAUCAUGUACAUCUCUAAUCACAGGUAUAACAUUGAACGAAUGCCAGAUGAUUACGGUGCACCAAGAUUAUAGUACAGUAAUGACGGAAAUGAUCUAACUUUUCAGUCUGGUUUUUUGAUUCUGUAAUAAACCACAGCAUUGUAAUUCAACAGUUUUGCACAUUUGGCUUUUUCCAUGCCUUUUUUGUCUUUUUUUUUUACCCCCUUUACAACAAAAUAGUUAAUUAUUUGGGUAAGUGAAAAUAAACUAAUGUGAAUAAG